AUGCCGCCAUCUAAAACUCGACAGCAAUCCCCCUCCUCCGCAAUGGCUGUAUUCUCCCUCAUAAUAAUCAACAAAGCCGGCGGGCUAGUCUACCAGCGCGAAUUCCAGCCAGGAUUGCGCAAGCUCUCGACAAACGACUACCUCGUCCUGGCGGGCACGUUUCACGGUGUCCACGCCAUCACCCGCUCCAUCACCCCCAAGCUCCCCCUCGCCCCCGCCGCAGCACUCGCAACAACACCCACCACCGCGACCACACCCUCCCCCAACAAUGUCGUUUCUCCCUCCGCCACAUCAUCAACCCCUACCUCUUCUACAGCUUCAUACUCGUAUCCGAACCCCGGAGUACCCGCGACGGGUCUCGAGUGUCUAGAAACGGACAAGUUCCGAUUAACGUGUUUCCAGACGUUGACCGGCACCAAGUUCCUCCUGUUUACGGAUCCGCUGAUGGCAAAUAUCGAGGUGGUUAUGAAGAAGAUAUAUGAGUUGUAUGCGGACUUUGUUAUGAAGAAUCCGUUUUAUCAGUUGGAAAUGCCCGUGAGGUGUGAGGCGUUUGAUCGGAAUUUGCAGGGUUGGUUGAGGGGGAGGACUUGA